AAGAAGAUUGUAGCCGACCUUCAGGAGAAGGAGCAGGCUCACAAAACCUACGAUGAGGCCAUCAGCCGUGGUGAGCAAGCCUUCUUCUUGGAGGAAGAUGAGAGCUCAGGGGACAUCUUUAGCUGCAAUGUCGGGAAUCUCCCUCCUGGCCAGGAGGCCGAGGUCACCAUGAAAUACGUGCUGGAGCUGCUAAUGGAGGCCGACGGAGCUGUGCGUUUUGUGCUCCCAGCAGUCCUCAACCCGAGAUACACCCCUAUAGAUCACGAUGUGAACAUAACAGCCACGUCCAGAAGUGCCGGUUGGUGGGAUCCCGUACACGCUGAGUGUGUGAAAACGCUCACUUCCAGUCUGUGUACGGCAUCGCCAAGAUCGAGUCCAACUGUACCAUCACCCCUCUGGAGUACACCGAUAGUGACAGGACUCGUGCCCAGGUGUCACUGGUGGAGGGUCACAAGUUCGAUCGAGAUGUAGAAUUUUUGGCUUAUUAUAAGGAUGUGAACAAACCCAGCGUCACUGUGGAGGCGGGGCUUGGAGCUAUAGACGCUGCUCAAGAAUUAGGAUCGCCCCCAUCAGGGUCCAUUAUGGCGGAGUCAGUGGCCAUGUUGAAUUUCUACCCAAGUCUCCCAGCUGGACAGGAGCAAUCCAAUUGUGGCGAGUUUAUUUUCCUUGUGGACCGAUCU